GCUGUACCAUUUUGUCAACACUAGACGCUGCCGGCGCAUCAUCAAUCAGCGACGCAAAAAGAGGUGGCCCGCCAGAGACCACCCCCCCCCCCCACAGGAAGUGACGUGAGAAACUGGCGCCUCGGAGGACGCGAGAGGGGAGCACGUUAAGGCCAUGGCCCCUCGGCGCCUCCUGUUGGUUGGGGAGGGGAAUUUCUCCUUCGCCGCGGCCCUGAGCGAGACCCUGGAUGACAGCACCAGUGUAACCGCCACCUGCCUCCAGCGCCCGGCCGACUUGGCCGGAGAUCCGGUGGCCCAGGAGAAUCUGCAGCGCCUGCGCGAGCGAGGUACUGAGGUGCGUUUUGGUGUGGACUGCACCCAGCUGGCAGAUGCCUUUGAACUGCACCACAGGGAGUUUGAUCGGAUUUAUUUUAAUUUUCCGCACUGUGGACGCAAAGCUGGAGUUGCUAAGAACAGGGAACUGCUUGCCAAGUUUUUCCAGAGCUGUAAAGAUGUUCUCGCACCGGAAGGAGAAGUCUAUGUGGCAUUGUGUAGAGGACAAGGUGGGACUCCUGCUGAUAAGCCCACAAGAGAAUGGCAUAACAGUUGGCAAGUAGUUGCCAUGGCAGCUCUGGGGGGAUUCAUUUUAAGUGACGUGCAUCCCUUCAGCUGUGAGGCUGUGCCAGGGUACAAGUGCACUGGAUAUAGGAGUCAAGAUAAGUCCUUUCAUGUAGAAGGUGCUUUGAACCAUAUCUUCACCCGGAGCUUACCCUUUGAAGAUUCACAGCCCAGAAUCUUCAGGACCAAAGUGGGUGGCCGGUGGUUUUCCUUUCCAGAACCAGAAGCACUUGUAGGAAAGUUGAACAGAGGUUUCCUAGAAGCACCUUCAUGUCAUCCUGUCAGAACCAUUAAUGAGAAACUCAUUGCGGAAUUGGGCAAAGUGUUCCCUCUAAAAAGGCUGAAGUGUCCCUUCCCUUUGCUGCCACAGGGAAGCACUAGUGCUCUCACUUCCUGGAACGGUGACAUUCUGUCAGCUGCCUUUUGGAUUAGUCUCUGUGAAGAUGACUCAAAUUCUGAGUCCCUGACUGAUGGGACAACACAAGACAUGGAGGACUUUCUGGCGCUAUUUUCAGAACUUAGCCUUCUCAAGGAUCCUGGAAGCGACAGUAAGGAAGAAGCUCAUGAAGAAAGCUAUGGCCAAACCACGGUCUGCCUUAGGCCUUCUCUCCUAGUUCAUGUUCAGGCUGUCAUCCAAGCACCAGACUUUGUCCCAGGUUCCCUGCACAUCCUCAGUGGACCUGUCUUUCGGAAGUGCCGCAUCUUGCCUUUCACAAUGCCAGCAUUUCAUGAGACUUUAUUUGUCAUCGGGUUUAAUAAAAAUCUGAAGGAUGGUUGUCUUCAGUCACUACUGGAGCACCUGAAGGGUUUUCUUGAUAGCCUUCUCACCCACACAUUGCUGGAGGGCUCUCAGCCGAGCAGUUCAGUGGAAUUUGUCUUUCAACCAAAUGGCAAAGGGUAUAUUAUUAAUGUGAAGCGUCCUAAUUUUGGCCCAGAUUGUGCCAAAGCUCUGAUUAUUGGGUCUGUUGUCACAUCUGCUACAGGCAUUAUGCACAAAGACCAGUGUUUUAUGUUUGUGUCUAUGAACUUGGACCUACUAGCCAUGCUUGUCUGGGGCAUCUCUGACUGGAGGAUGCUGUGGACCUUUGAUCACCGUUUCCUGAAAAAUUUUGUCUCUGGGAGUAUAGAACCCUUUAAAAGCUAUUGCCUGUAUCCUCCAUGCUAUGUUCAUGAUAUUAGUUUUUGGUUAGACGAGAAGAAAGGAUUUGAUGAACUAGAAUUUCACACGGUGGCCCGAGCAGUGUCCCGGGACACUGUCAUAUCCAUACAGUUCCUCAGUCGUUUUCAGCAUCCAAAGACUCAACAGGUCAGUCUCUGCUAUAGAUUGACUUACCAGACAUGUGACAAAGCCCUCCCCCAGCAACAGGUGUCAUCAAUGCAGUCGCAGCUUAGGAAAGAGAUUCAGCAAAGACUACAUGUAAUACCUCGGUAGUUUAGUAAAUUCAUUUUUCCAGAGUGAUCCCCGUGGCUGUGGGUAUGGGUGCAGAUGCCAAUGAAAAGGACCAAGUUACAACUAGUAGUCUUUUCUGAACUGUGUUUUUUGUAAAAUCUUUAACCUUGUGACUUUGGCCAGUGUUGGUUGAUUCUAGAGAAACUUGUGGCUCAGGGCACCUGGGUGGCUCAGUGGGUUGAGUGUUGAGUAUCCAACUCUUGAUUUUGGCUCAGGUCAUGAUCCCAGGGUCAUGGGAUCGAGCCCUGUGUCAGGCUCUGCAUGGAGCAUGGAGUCUGCUUAAGAGUCUCUCUCUCCUUCUGCCCCUGUCCCCUGCUCAUGCCCUCUGUCUCGCUAAAAUAAAAAGAAAUUAAAAAUAUUAAAAAGUAAAAAAGAAACUUGUGGCUCUGUCACUUAAACUUAACAGACUAUAAUGUGACUGGUGACCUUUGGAGUUUACAGUAUUUUGAUGCUGAAAAAUGACUAGGAAAACAAAUACAACAAAACUGUCUUGUACUUUAGAUGCUCUGUUGCUGAAGAUGCAGUAGAAUUUGAGUGUCUUAUAUUUGUAUUUUCCACACUGCUAAUUCCUCUUCCUUUAACCCUAUUGUAUUACAUCAUUACAUCAACUUACUAGAGUGGUUUUUGGAGUCAGACCAACAUUUAUUAGCUUGGGUAAGUUGAAAGGCUCCAUAAUUAGUAUUGGUAUUAUUACAAUAUUUAUUCCAUGGUUGACUACUGUUGAAGUCAUGGAACUGGUUAAUGUCAGAUUAACUAGAGUUCACACUUGGGUCUGACUCUAAAGCCCAUUUUCCUUCUGCCAUUGUUAUUUCUUCCAAACUAGUCUUCUUCAUUAGUAGCCUCUCAACUGUAAACUUAGUCCUCCUAUAUUUUGGAGGCUUCUGUUACAAGCAUCUCUAAGAGACACUGGGAGAUUGGUUCAGCUCAUUGGUUCAGCCCAGGACUCUACAGAAUGAUAGCAUACUCUAAUAUUAAUUAAUGGAUGUUCCUGUUAAUGAAUAGUCUCCACAGAUUGGACUUAUAUUGUAAACUCAGUAGGAAAUAACUGUCUUAUUCUUGUAUUUGGAGAAAAACAUGUGGGAAGGCAAGAAUGGAAGCCAAGAAACAUAUUAGGAGGUUAUUACAGUAACACAACCAGAGAUAAUGGUGACCUGGACCAGGAUGGUAAGACGUUGUUGGGUUGAGUAAUAUUUAAAAGUAUUUGCUGAUGAACUACAUGUGCAUGGGUGAAGGGUGUGGGGCUGAAGAAACAGGAAUCAAGCAGGACUGACUAUGGUUUUUGAUCUGGAAGAACAGAAGUAUCAUUAACGGGGAUGGGAAAACUGGCAUAACAGUUUGGGGAGUGGGGUAAAGAACAAAGAUCUCUUAUGGAUACAUUUAUUGCUUAGCUUUCUACAUACACUAUAAAUGAAUAGAGGGCAGGUAAUGUGAUUUAUAGCUUGCUUCUAUCCCCAAUGGUGCCUAGUACAUGGACAAGGUAGCAUUUGAGCUGGAUCUUAAAACAAGAGUAGCGAUGUGACAGGAGGACUGUUAGGCAAGGAGGACUGUCACAGACUAUGAGUUUGGAGUUCUCUUUUGUCCAGCAAGAGAGUGGAUGCAGAAUUGAACACAAGAGAGGCUAACAUCCAGGAGGAGACAAGAUUCCCAAACAGGCCUUUUGUCUCCGUAUUUACUGAGCGCUCAAGAUCUUACACGUGGUAAAUGUGAAGAAAACAAUCAGAUAGUAAUGAUUAACUUGUGUGUGUAAGAAGCAAAGGGUCUGGGGGGCAAGUGGAGUUUGUGAUC